AUGUGUCCUCCUGUCUCUAUGCUGGCUAUAUAUUCCACUAUAUAUGUGUCCUUAACUCCUGUCUCCACGUGGUUUGAGCGCGUCUCUAUGCUGGCGAUUCUUCUGAACUGCGUGACGUUGGGAUUGUUCCAGCCCUGUGAUGACGUUCACUGUCUGAACAACCGCUGCUUCUUCCUACAGGCUCUGGACGACGGUAUCUUUGCGUUCUUUGCGGUGGAGAUGCUGGUGAAGAUGGUGGCUCUGGGUCUUCUAGGUCAGAAGGGUUACCUUGGCGACACCUGGAACAGACUGGACUUCUUCAUCGUUAUCGUCGGGAUGUUGGAGUACUCUCUAGACGGACACAACGUCAGCCUAUCAGCUAUCAGGACUGUCAGGGUGCUCCGCCCGCUACGAGCCAUCAACAGAGUACCCAGCAUGCGUAUCCUGGUGACUCUGCUCCUAGACACUCUCCCCAUGCUGGGGAACGUCCUGGCACUGUGUUUCUUUGUCUUCUUUAUCUUCGGCAUCGUCGGCGUGCAGCUGUGGGCGGGGCUAUUGAGGAACAGGUGCUUCAUGGGAGAAGACUUCAGAACGAUAUACAACGUCUCCUUCCUGACUGUGUACUAUCGGCCCGAGGAGACGGAGGACAUCCCCUUUAUCUGCUCAACCAAUCGGGAGAACGGAAUGCUGCGGUGUUCCGACGUUCCGCGCCGCCGUGUCGACGGGUCCUGGUGCAUGCUGGGGGCAGAAGGUGUAGAGGAGGAACCUGGGGCAGAUGGACCAAUAGGAAGAGGGUGUGUGAACUGGCACCGGUAUUAUAACGUGUGCCGGGCCGGGGAGCUAAACCCUCACAAAGGAGCCAUCAACUUUGACAACAUCGGAUAUGCCUGGAUCGCUAUCUUUCAGGUGAUAACUCUGGAAGGUUGGGUAGACAUCAUGUACUAUGUAAUGGAUGCUCACUCCUUCUACAACUUCAUCUACUUUAUCUUCCUCAUCAUCGUGGGCUCGUUCUUCAUGCUGAACCUGUGCCUGGUCGUCAUAGCAACCCAGUUCUCGGAGACGAAGCAGCGCGAAAACGCCCUGAUGAGGUCGGAGCAGCGCGCCCGUUACCUCAGCAACGCCUCCACUCUGGCGUCCUAUCAGGAACCGGGGUCUUGUUACGAAGAGAUGCUGCGGUACGUUGGUCACCUGUACCGUAAACUGACCCGCAGAACCGCCCGGGUCGUCAAGCGCUGCUCUACGCACACACCUCGCCGCACCUGUCCCUGUUGGACACGUACAACACGCCAACACACACCCAAAGGAGAGGUGAACGGACUGGCCAAUCGGCACUCGGGACACACUCACGGCGUCUUCCACCUUGCUCAUUGUCGUCCUCCUCUUCCUCGUCCGUCUAACUGUGUGGGGGUGGAGAUGAGUAACGGGGGAGUAGGGAGGAAGGGCGGGGAGUUAAACUACCCCUCUAUCUACCCCCACGACCUCUACGACCUGACCCCUGACCCCGGCUACGUGACCUCCGGUGGGAGGGGCCACGCCGUCUCAGUGGAGGCGCUCAGCAAACUGCAGCAACUGGUGUUAGAACACGAUAAGAAGGCGGAGCCCUGGGAGUCGUUGCCGUGCCCCUACUGCGUCCACGACGAUCAGCUUAGUGACAACGACCAUGCCGAUUUUGAACCAGGCAACCAGCGCCACGGCAACCAGAGCCCUCGCCGCGGUAACAGCCUCCGGCGUGUAGAUGGACAGGCCCUGAGGCCAAUCGGAGAGCUAGUUGGGUGGUGGGCGGAGCUACAGGCCAGGUUGGAGCAUGUGGUGAGCAGUAGAUACUUCAACAGAGGGAUCAUGAUCUCCAUCCUCAUCAACACUCUCAGUAUGGGGAUAGAGUUCCACCAACAGCCCCAGGAGUUAACCGACAUCCUAGAGAUCAGUAAUCUAGUGUUCACCAGUCUCUUCAGUCUGGAGAUGCUUCUGAAGCUACUGGCCUUCGGACUCUUCGGCUACAUCAAGAACCCGUACAAUGGCUUUGACAGCGUCAUCGUAAUCAUCAGCGUUUGGGAGAUCAUUGGACAGGCGGACGGCGGUCUGUCCGUCCUGCGUACGUUCCGUCUGCUGCGUGUCCUGAAGCUGGUCCGGUUCCUGCCUGCCCUGCGCAGACAGCUGGUGGUUCUGAUUAAGACCAUGGACAACGUAGCCACCUUCUGCAUGCUGCUCAUGCUGUUCAUCUUCAUAUUCAGUAUCCUAGGCAUGCAUCUGUUUGGCUGUAAGUUUGGACUGAAGCUGGACAGUGGCGACACGCUACCUGACAGGAAGAACUUUGACUCGCUGCUCUGGGCUAUCGUCACUGUAUUCCAGAUCCUGACUCAGGAGGACUGGAAUCUGGUCCUGUAUAAUGGCAUGGCCUCCACCUCUCCUCUCGCUGCUCUCUACUUUGUAGCUCUGAUGACGUUUGGUAACUACGUCCUCUUCAACCUGCUGGUGGCCAUCUUGGUGGAGGGCUUCCAGGCGGAGGGUGAUGCUAACAGGUCAGAGUCCGACGAUGAGAAAUUGUCGACUUUAGAAGAGGAGGAGAAGAUGAAGGAGCUGUAUUCAACAGAGAUGAAGCUCCAGGCGAUGAUGUUGACCCCUAACGGCCUUCUGAACCCACGUGCCUCCAUGCCCCUCCCGCAUACGCUGUCGCCACGGCAACAACCGCCACCGCCGCCGUCCCCGCGGCAACGUCCGCCGCUCAUCCUGCACACCUUGGCCACGCCCACGACUCGCGACAGCCAAUCACGACGGGGCAGUACCGUCUCUACGGAUACAAGCAACACCCUGGACCCCAGGUCGCCGUCUCCGUGGGACAGCCGGCGCGCCAGCUGGUCUUCCAUUGGCCGAGGUACCAGCCUACAGCAGAGGAGGAGCCAAUCAAGUGAGAGGGAUUCUCUGCUGUCAGAGGGGGUGGGGUCAGAAUGGUCCAUACCCAAUUGGGGGUGGAGCAGGGAGGAGUCUCUCGACCUCCUGGACCAAUCGGAGUAUCUGACCGUGCCGAUGCUCCGCCCACCUGACUGUAACGGGAAGACCUUUCAUCUCCCUGAUGCCGGGACCCUCCGUUACUAUAGCGACCACGAGGAGGAGGAGGAGGCUGAGGAGAGUGUGUGUUUACAGGUGAAGCUCUUCCUGGAGCCCUAUCAGCCCCAGUGGUGUAGAGACCAUGAGGACUGGGCUCUCUACCUGUUCUCCCCGUGUAACAGGUUUCGUCAGUGGUGCCAGAGAGUGAUAACUCACAAGAUGUUUGAUCACAUAAUCCUCCUCUUCAUCUUCCUCAACUGUAUCACCAUCGCUCUGGAGAGACCAGACAUACAGCCACACAGCACAUCGUUCCGCUAG